GUCGUAACCGGAGACGGCUGUAGCGGAGACUGUUGUGAGUGCUGCUGCAGAAGCCGGGUAGCCCUUCGCGUCUUCAUCUCCUCGGCUUCCUGGAGUCGCGACUGCCUCCGCUGCCGAGACCUAAGUCACUGUAUAUAUGCCUUGUUUCCUGGGUCCGCGGGAAGCAUGAGUCUGUUGGAACUUGGGACAAGAAGAAAGCAAGAUGUCUUCACAAGGAAACCCAGAUACUAAAAAGAGUGUCCUAAACCCUGAAGAGAUAAAACACACAAUGACCGACAGUGGACUUAGGGAUCCACCGGAGGACUCUCAGAAGGAUUUGGAAAAUGAUCCAUCAGUAAAUUCUCAGGCACAGGAGACCACAGUGACAGCAAGUGCCAUUGAAGAAGUCCAGACCCCACAUCCUGCCUCUGGUCUUAAAGACCACCAAGAGGUCGAGGCAAAAGGUCUAGAAAGCACAGGUGCAGAUGAUACAUCAGAAAGUCCAGAUGAAACAAACGCUGGGAGCCGUCCAGAGGAUAAAACAGAGCAUGAGAGCAGCACCAGCCUUGAGGAUAGAGCUCAAGGGCACCGCAGCCCUUCAGAAGGGCCUGGUGAAGAUCCCCUGGACCCAGAUCCCAGCCGCUCUCCAGGUGACGAGGUAGGAAGAGCAGCAGCAGGCCUGGGGAGCGUUUCUGCAGCCCUCCCCGCGGACGCGAGUGACCAAACCAGUGCUUCUGAGGAGCCACCUGCUGCAGACUCUCCAGACACCCUGAGUCCUGGUCAUUCCAGGCCAGAGCCGGAGGGCCAGGAUUCGCUGAGGAGGCGACUACCUGCGCCAGGGGCUGAAAGUCAUGAACAAGAAACACAAAGAUUGGAAGAAAAGGAAGAGAGUGCAAAGGAUACCUUAAGAAAGAUAGAGAAAAAGAAUCUUUGGAACUGUGGCUCCAUCCUUCUUGUCUGCCUGGUGGUCUUCAUUCUCGGGUUAAGUUUUGUUAAUAGCUACUAUUCCUCUCCAGCCCAGCAAGUGCCCCAAAAUCCAGCUUUGGAAGCCUUCUUGGCUCAGUUUAGCCAAUUGAAGGACAAAUUUCCGGGCCAGAGUCCCUUCCUGUGGCAGCGAGGACGUAAGUUUCUCCAGAAGCACCUGAAUGCUUCAAACCCCACCGAGCCAGCCACCAUCAUAUUCACAGCAGCUCGAGAGGGAAGAGAGACCCUCAAGUGCCUGAGCCACCAUGUUGCAGACGCCUACACCUCUUCCCAGAAAGGGUCUGCCAUUACGAUUGACGGGGCGAACCGAGCCAUGAACGACAGCGACGCAGUCAAGCUGUGGGUUGACCUGGAGCUGAGCUAUGGGUUUGAGAACGGCCAGAAGGCUGCCGUGGUCCACCACUUUGAAUCCCUCCCUGCAGGGUCCACCCUGAUCUUCUACAAGUACUGUGAUCACGAGAAUGCUGCCUUUAAAGAUGUGGCCCUGGUCCUGACCGUGCUGCUGGAGGAGGACACCUUAGAGGCCAACGUAGGCCCAAGGGAAACUGAAGAAAAAGUGAGGGAUUUACUGUGGGCCAAAUUUACCAACGCCGACACUCCCAGCUCCUUCAACCACAUGGACUCGGACAAGCUGAGUGGGCUGUGGAGCCGCAUUUCACACCUGGUGCUGCCCGUCCAGCCCGUGAGGCGCAUAGAAGAACAGGGCUGCCUUGUAUAAAGCUCAGCAGGGCGUCGGUAGUGGAAGGCCCGGCUUGGGGAAGAGCUUAGAGACUGCCAUGCUGUGGGGGGAGGCUGAAAAAACACGGAUGAGCUUAACUUAGAAAGGAAGCUUUCAUUUUUUCACUUUUUUGCAAAAUUUUUCUAAUCUGAGCUUUGACAGAGCUAAAAUUGACCUGACAUUUUUUCCUUUUUUUUUUUUUGUCUUUUCAAGUAAAUCAGGUUUGAGACAUGGCAUGAUAUAAGAAAACUGAGGAAUUUAAAUCCCCAAAUAUAGCAACAGAAUCAUUGCACAGAAAGAUUCUUCUCAGUAACUACAGAGUGAUUUUUGUUUUCUUGAGUGAGACUAAAGAGCUUUUGGACUUGGAUUGAAGCAUUGAUCAUUUUUAGAAACUUUUCUAUCAUAUGUUGAAUAUUUUAAAAACUUGCUUUAAUAACCAAGUUGAUGAAUGAUAUUUUAUACUAGUUUGUACUUUUGGCUAGUAUGAAAAAAGGAAAUACGAUCCUUGUCUAAAUACUUACUAUAUGUAAAGCACUAUGCUUUUAUUCCGUUAAUGAACUGAGGUAAAAGCAAGCUAUGUUCAAAAAUGUUCUUAAAUAUUGGAAUCAGUGGAAAAUUGCUUAUAAUCAUUGGAAAUGAAGACUUUCUAAUUGGCUGUGUCUUUACUUCAGCUUUCCUGAAUGAUUUAGAGCAGUGAUUUUUACACUGCGUCUACCAGGAUCCCCUGCCCUUUUAUCAGGGUAGCUCAGUGUUUGACAGUUUAUGUGUUGGGGAUCUCUGUAUGAUUUCAUUGGAACAGUGUCACUGAUAAUGAAGUUUGAAAAUCAUUAAAUGAAAAAACAUCUUAGAAUAUAGGAAAUUAGUAGAUAAAACAAAGAUUAAAACUUGAGAGUAGGCUGAAGAUGAAAAAUAGGUUUAUUGUAUACAUGCACUAUUUAUGAAAGAGAAAGAACUACAAAUGAACAGCAGAAUGUAUAAGCUAGAAUUUACUAGCAUGUUUCUGAUGCUUUUGUUCAUUCUGCUAAUCAUUUCUGUCUCCCGAAUGGAAUUUUGUAACUAUUUAGGAUGAGUGUCUGAGUGCCAUUUCAGAAAAACCGAUUUUAGUAACCAAGUUAAUGGUAGCCUUUAUAUGGGCACAUUGGCAUAACUGCACCAAAGUUUCUUGGCUGUGCCAUGAUGGAGCAUUAUAUAAUGCAGCUUAUUUCUGGACAGCUAGUUAGAAGCACCAUUAGGGUAAAAAAAAAAAUCAAAGAAAUGUGGGCUGGGAUGUGGCUCGGUGGUAGAGCGCU